UCGAGUCAAACGAAUACAUGAUUUGGAUUGCUUGUAUCCUGCCAGUGUUAUUACCAGACGCGAACGUCACCUGCAUCAUCCAAGAUGACUGCAUCCUGCCCUGCAGCUUCAGACCCACCGGCACAGUGGUAAUCCACUGGUACAAGCAGCAAAUCCCCGUUCACAGCUACUACUACAACAAGGAUCAGUUUGGACUCCAGAACAAGCACUUCAGUGGAAGGACGUGUUUGUUCAACUCCCACAUCCCCAAUGGCAAUGCCUCCCUGCUCCUCAGGAGGGUUAAAGUUCAGGACAAGGGCAGGUACAAGUGUUACACAAGCACGCGAAAAGGCAACCAGGAGAUGUUUGUCAACCUGGAAGUAAAAGCUCUCAUCCAGUCAGUUAUCUUGGAGAUGACCGAUGAGAUGGUCACCUGCUCCUCUCACAACAUUUACCCCAUCCCACAGAUAACAUGGGCCACAGACCCCCCCUUAGCUCAAGACCUACUGGAAAAUUCCACUAUCAAAACUACGGACCACAAGGGUCUUUUCAGCAUGAAAAGCGUGCUGAGGAUUGUGGGUAAUCCCUCCAAUCAUACAUAUUUCUGCUCUUUCACAUCAGCUGACAAAACUCAGGUUUGGACUGCCUCACGGAAGAACCAAGAGGAUAUAACACAGCAAGAGGGAUACGCACUGUCCAUCCCGUGCAUCACUCCCCACAGCCUCCAGAAUUUCUCCCUCACCUGGACCUUCACUUUGUCCAGUGAGCCCACGGUGAUCUUUAGAUAUGACAACAGGACCAGACACAUGGUCAACCAGUGGGAAGGCCAAGCCAAAGUGGACCAGGACCUGCUUCUGCUGGGGGAUGGGUCCCUUCUGCUUAACAAGCCGGACAGUGAAGAGCACUCUGGAACGUACACCUGCACCUUCUCAGGCUCACAGGGCAAACAUGUUGUUCAAACCACAGUCAACAUCACCGUCGCAACCAUAAGCAUGGAUGAACGGAGUGUGAAGAGAUCAUGGUGGAGCACCACAGCUUCUGUAGCUUUUGUCUUAUUCACCAUUACUGUAGCGCUUCCUCAGUGUGUGAGACAAAGAGGUUCAGCAGUGGAGACCAGAACAGCCUCACACAGCCACAAUGGAAGAGUAAUUGUUGAGGGGGAACUUUGGCUUCAAAAAGAUGUCAAUGGAGCUGCUUCAUACGAGAUAGGUCAGCAUGGCGAUGAAAGCAGCAAACAGUCGUCGCAGUCUGAAGCAGAGGGGGAACAGCCGGGCACAAAGCCAAGAACAGCAGAAGACUGUGGUGGGACUUUACCACCAGACACUGAAAUAGAACAAGAGGAAAAACCAGCCGAACCCCCCACAGAGGGAAAUGAUGGGCCAAACUCCACUAUCCUGAAGACAAAUGAAUUUGAAAACACUGAAGCUGAUUUAGCAACCGAGGGCUUCAACUCCAGCAGCAACAGACGCUCGUUUGAGAUUUGCAUGAACUAUGUAACCGGGACAGACAGCAAAGAGGUCUGGAGAACAGAGGUCCCAGCUGAAUCCUGCAUUUUGGCUCAGAUCCAUCAGGGUAGGGGGGUUCACUGCGAUGAACAGCAUGCUUCCCCAGAGGACCGCUGUAACCACUCUGGGCUACAGUUC